AUGAGUGAAAAGCGAGAAUGGACGAACGAAGCUUGGAAAAAUGACAAUAACGUAGGAAAAAUGGAACCCAACGACACCAAUUUCUCUGAAUACGACAAUUCGAGGAAAAGCUCGCUUCAAUUGGAUUUGCCAAGUUACUCAGAAGUUUGUUAUAACAGUGGAGAUGAUUUGGAGAAAGGUUUGUUUACACCUAUUCCUCCUUCCUACGAACAACUUCAAAUGAGUAGUAGAGUCGAAUCCGAUAGUAAUCAAAAUCAUGCGAAUGCAGUGCAUGAACGCAUGGCAGAACCCGUGCCAGACAGAUCAUGGGGAAGCUGUAUCCUCGAUUGCAUCUGCAUGCCGGUACGUCCCCGACUAGCACCAGCGGGCACAUUGAAAGAAGCAGGAUAUUUUCGAUGUUUUAUGUGUUAUCUUUAUACGGCUGCUUUUAUUUUCUAUUUACUUUUCAAAUAUUCUGAUAAAUUGUCAGAGUUUAUAAAGGAUUCAUCUUUGUCUAAGGAAAUUGCUUUACCUUUGCUUGGUGGAUUGAUUUUAGUUUUAUUUUUUAUUUCCGCUGUAAUAAUUUCUCUUGUGUUGGACAUCAUCGUUUGGUGUAUAUCUAUGGUUCCAGAUUUGGCUGUAUUUCUAGGGCGUUUCUUAGGAAGAACAUUUCCAUACUUGUGGAGAAAAUUUAUACUGCCUUUGACGAUUAUUUUCGGUUAUACAACUAAUCAAAGCUUUGGGAUUGAUUCAGAUUCAACAAAUACCGUUGAACUUGACGAGCUAGAAGCUAGUGUUGAAACUCCAACAACUACACAUAACAAUGUUGAAGUGCCAAGUUCUCCUCUUGGGAAAAGCCCUACCAAAGCAAACCGUUCAAAAAAGUCUGUUGGGCAUUCUGCAAGAGAGCAAGAAAUAGAGAUGCAAACUUUUGGAGACACAGGUUCUCCGAGUUUGAACGAUCAUACAAAGUAAUGUUUUUAUGCUAUGCCCAUUUUAUUGAAUGGUUGUUAUUGUCAGCGUGUCAGUGUCCAGUUGAAAUUGAGAUGUCUUACGAGGAGAUUAUGUUUAUAUUCAAAAGCAUGCGUAUUUUGUUUCCGUAGAGACUCGGGAUUGUUAGCUAGCCUGGCCCUUAUUAGCUACUCACUUUCCUGUUGUUUUUGGUGAGUAUUUACAGUCAUCUCUGCUUCCUCCUUUUUGAUUAAAGUUGUUUAAAAUAUCAAUACAACAUAUUAUUUUCUAUAAGCUUUGACCGCAAGGUGAAAUUUCAGUUUAUGAUGGUGAGUUUGUCCAAAAGUAACACAAUAACCAAGGUUUCUGUUGAAACUGCAAAAUCAUGA